UGACGAAGACCCUGAAAUAAUUGAAAUAUCAAGUAAUGAAGCACCUGAAAUAACAAGUGACAAAGAACUAAUAUUUGAAAAAAAUCAAAUAGCUGUUUCUAGAGAUCAAACUCCUGAAACAGCUAUUUAA